AUGGGUAAUUAAUAAUAAAGCGAAUCUUAAAAUGAGUUUCUAGAAAAGAAAUUAGAUCCUAAUUAUGGAGAGAUUAGUCUAUAUAAAAAUAAAGUCAACAAUUCAAUAUUAGCAAAGAUUAAAUAAGUGUACUCUAAUGAUACUACAGCAGAAGCAAUAAAAGCCAGUUUAGUAAAAAGGUAUAUGUUGAAUUUAAGUAAGAUUAUAAUUGAAUCAUAAAUGCUUGGUUAAAAUACUAUCAUUUGAUAAUGGAAAGAUGGAUGACUUAUGUAGUUCGUUUACAAUAUUAUCAAUAACAGUUGAAUACUUUAAUGAAACAUUAUAAAAUGACAUUCAUCAAAGAAAAGUUCAUAAGACUAUAUAUUCAGAACAAGAGCUAUGUUAUAUUAUCUAUGAGAUCUCUAGUCUAUGUCAUUAUAUGAAAACUCUAAAUUAUGAAAUUAUUGACAUCUAUCCUUAGAGAAUUCUAAUUGAUGAUAAAAGAUAGAUUAAGUACUAUGAUUAGUUUCUUGAUAAUUCAAGACUUAGCAAUUAUUACUAGGUUCUCUUUAAUUAAAGAGAUUUAGAAUACUUAGCUCCAGAAUAAUUAAUUCUCUUAGCUGAAAAAGAUUAAAAUGAUAUAAACGAUUAAGAAUUAGUAAAUGUUUUUUGUCUUGGUCUUAUGAUAGUCAGUUUAAUAAGUGGUUAAAGAUGUAUUGAAUUUUUCAAUCAAGAAAAAUUCUAAUUUAAAAAAGACUAUGUAUGGAGACUAAUUGAUAAAUAUUGUUCAAAAUAUUAGUAUAGUGAUUACUUUAAAUCCAUCAUUCAAUCAAUGCUCAAAUUACAUAAUGAAGGUAGACCAAAUUAUCAAAGUUUAUUACAAAUACUCCAUCCAUAAUAAGAUAGUUUUGCCACUUUUUUGAAUCCAAUAGGGAAAUAGGGAGGUAUUAAAAAUUAAUAAUCAUAGAAAUGCUUGAAUCUUAAAUUUAAUCAUCUCGCACUCAAAGUUCAGCCUCUAGAUCACGUAUUUUAUUAAGUGAUCCAGUGGAUUUUAGUGAAAUAGAUAGAAGAAUUAUGUCUGCUCGACAAAAAGCAUAAAAUACUUUAGAUUAAAUAGGAUUAGAUCUAAAAUUGAGUAAUUUUGAGACCACUUAAAUUAAUAUUAUUGAAGCAAGUUAAUGA